GCCUCAUCUGGCACUGAGUAUCUCUGCUGCUGCUGCCGUUGCUGCUGAACUCAGCUGCUGCCUCUGCCUCGAGGACCCCAGCUCCUCUACCCCCUGGCCAUGAUGCCUGCUGCCACAGCCUUGCUCCUGGGGACCCUCCUCACUGCCUGGGCCCUGCUGCCUUUUGCCCAGGGCCAGACCCCCAACUACACCAGACCCGUGUUCCUGUGUGGAGGGGAUGUGACUGGGGAGUCAGGUUACGUGGCAAGUGAAGGUUUCCCCAACCUUUACCCCCCCAAUAAGGAGUGCAUCUGGACAAUAACGGUCCCUAAGAGCCAGACUGUGUCCCUCUCCUUCCGAGUCUUCGACCUGGAGUUGCACCCCGCCUGUCGUUACGAUGCUCUUGAGGUCUUUGCCGGUUCUGGAACCUCGGGUCAGCGGCUCGGACGCUUCUGCGGGACCUUCCGGCCGGCACCCUUAGUCGCCCCCGGCAACCAGGUGACCCUGCGGAUGACAGCGGACGAGGGCACGGGAGGACGAGGCUUCCUGCUCUGGUACAGCGGGCGGGCCACCUCAGGCACUGGCGCCCCCCAAGGCGCGAGGCGGAAAUGGGUCACCGACCCGCGGGUGGAAUGGGCGGCCUGGGGUUACUGGGACGAGCACCAAUUUUGCGGGGGGCGGCUGGAGAAGGCCCAGGGAACCCUGACCACGCCCAACUGGCCCGAGUCCGAUUAUCCCCCGGGCAUCAGCUGUUCCUGGCACAUCAUCGCGCCCCUGGACCAGGUGAUCUCGCUGACCUUCGGGAAGUUUGACCUGGAGCCUGACACCUACUGCCGCUACGAUUCGGUCAGCGUGUUUAACGGAGCCGUCAACGACGACUCCAAGAGGCUGGGGAAGUUCUGCGGUGACACAGCCCCAGGGCCCAUCUCCUCCGAAGGGAACGAGCUUCUUGUGCAGUUCGUCUCGGACCUCAGUGUCACGGCCGAUGGCUUCUCGGCCUCCUACAAGAUGCUGCCGCGGGGCAGCUCCGAAGCCGGUCCUCCACUCCCGAUCCCGGCUCCCAAGCCCGGAACUGGGUCCCAAGACAAGCCUGGAAUCCUGCCUGCGGAGAAACCGAAGGCCUUGCCUGAGGCCAAAGCAAUUCCAGGGGACCGGGAUGCAGCCAGUGUCCCCUGCCCAAAGCAGUGUCGGCGGACAGUCACCCUGCAGAGCAGCUUCUGUGCCAGCAGCCUGGUGGUGACCGCAACAGUGAAGUCCAUGGUUCGGGGCCCAGAGGAGGGCCUCACUGUCACUGUCAGUCUCAUUGGUGCUUACAAAACCGGAGGCCUGGACCUGCCCUCUCCACCCACUGACACCUCUCUGAAGUUCUACUUGCCAUGCAAGCAGUGUCCCCUCAUGAAGAAAGGAAUCAGUUAUCUUCUGAUGGGCCAGGUAGAAGAAAACAGAGGUCCUGUCCUUCCUCCAGAGAGCUUUGUGGUUCCCUACCGGCCCAACCAGGACCAGAUCCUCACCAACCUCAGCAAGAGAAGGUGCCCCAAAUAGCCUGUUGGGGCUGCUGGGUCCCAGGCCUGAGACUCAGGCCAGCCUCCCAUCCCUUGCCCUAGGGACCCAAUUCUUAUCCAAAUAAAUGUUUCUUGACUGACAA